AGAGAUGAUUGUCUUUCUUUUUGAAACAGAGCUAUCUACCUAAAGCCUAGUAGGCCCGUAAAUACAGGCCUCAAACCCCCACAAUUAUUUUGAUGAAGUGAGAAAAGAAAGGGGGUAUUUAACGCUUAUCGGUCGGUCCAAAUCUCACAAGUGUGCCUCCUGACUUUCUCUCUACGACAGAAUUCGAAGAAGGAAAAAAGCUCCUCACGAUGGUUCUCGAGGCGACAAUGAUAUGCAUCGACAACUCAGAGUGGAUGAGAAACGGAGAUUACUCACCCUCUAGGUUGCAGGCUCAAACCGAAGCUGUCAAUCUUCUCUGCGGUGCCAAAACUCAGUCGAAUCCAGAGAACACGGUAGGGAUCUUGACAAUGGCGGGCAAAGGAGUUAGAGUUUUGACGACGCCUACCUCUGAUCUUGGCAAAAUUUUGGCCUGUAUGCACGGACUCGAUGUGGGAGGAGAGAUUAACUUAACGGCAGCCAUCCAGAUUGCUCAGCUUGCUCUUAAGCAUCGCCAAAACAAGAAUCAACGCCAACGGAUUAUUGUUUUCGCUGGAAGCCCAAUCAAGUAUGAAAAGAAGGCCUUGGAGGUUGUUGGCAAAAGGCUCAAAAAGAACAGUGUCUCUCUUGACGUCGUCAAUUUUGGAGAUGAUGACGAUCAGGAUAAGCCUCUCAAACUGGAGGCCCUCCUUUCUUCUGUCAAUAACAACGAUGGUAGCCACAUUGUUCAUGUUCCUUCUGGUCCCAACGCCCUCUCUGAUGUCCUUCUCAGCACACCUGUAUUCACUGGUGAUGAGGGUGCAAGUGGGUAUGUUUCUGCCGCAGCUGCUGCUGCUGCUGCCGGUGGUGACUUUGACUUUGGUGUUGAUCCAAAUAUCGAUCCAGAGCUUGCUCUCGCCCUUCGGGUCUCCAUGGAAGAGGAGAGAGCAAGGCAAGAGGCUGCUGCUAAGAAGGCAGCUGAUGAGGCAGGUCAGAAAGACCAAGAUGGGGCUUCUGCUUCUGCUUCGCAGGAGACGGUUGCUAGGACAACUGAGAAGAACGCUGAACCAAUGGAUGAGGACAACGCAUUGCUAAAUCAGGCAAUUGCUAUGUCCGUUGGUGAUGUAAACAUGUCAGAAGCGGCAGAUGAGGACCAGGAUUUGGCUUUAGCUCUGCAAAUGUCAAUGAGUGGGGAGGAAGCUACGGGUGCUGGAAACCUCUUAGGAGAUCAAGCUUUCAUAUCAUCUGUUCUCUCAUCCCUUCCAGGGGUGGAUCCAAAUGAUCCAGCGGUUCAAGCGCUGCUAGCGUCUCUGCCAGACGAAUCAAAGCGUAACGAGGAGGAAGAGAGUAGUAGCAAAGGUGAGGAUGAGAAGAAGUGAAGAAGGAGACAAGACAGUAUCAUGAUGGUUCUCAAUAAAAUUCCUGUUUAUCUCUUUGGUUGGGUUUUGAUAGAGAGAUCAUAUUGGGACUGAUGAAGAACUCUUUGUAUUAUUAAUCUCUCUACCUUGUGACCUUGUUUAUUCUCUCGCUUUUUCAUUAGUGUUAUUAGUUGGUUCAAGAAAA